AUGUCUUCGGCAGCGGACAAGGGGCACGACAGUGGCGGCGGUUCAAGGCCCCAUCCGCAAACCUCCAUGUCGACACUCACCGCUUCCUCCUCGUCGAACUAUGCCUCUAGCGUGUCUGGUGACAGCCAACACCAGAGCGGAGCUAGUGGGGGCAUCCCUGGCACACCCUCGAGCCGACGCUCAGGGGGAUGGGACCGGCAAACGCUUUCCCCGGCCGCGGCUGCAAGGGCUAGAGCUGAGGAUCCUACGAUUGAAGAAGAUCAAGUUGUUUUUCAGCCAAUCAGUGUACUAGAUGAGUCUUCUGAUUCUUCAGAUGAAUAUGUGUCGAGUUAUCGGCCUUUGGAACGGAGUUCCACUCGGGUCACCGCGUCACGUUCCAAACGUUUCUUUCAAUCUUUGGUCAAGAAGUUCAACAAACCCUCUGUUCGUUACGGCUUGGUGCCAAACAGCCAGCAAGAACAAGACAGGAAUACCAUUCAGCACACCAUCAUGAUCGAUAUCUUCAGAGGGCAGCUUCACUUAUCACCAAUCUCAUCAAAACCGAAGCGGGUUCUUGAUGUCGGCACUGGCCCUGGAACAUGGGCACUGGAAUUUGGCAAGUCUCUUCUUCACAUUCAUGUACACACUGCCACUGAAGCUAACAAACGCGUCGACAUCGAGCCGGUCCGUCCGCCUUAUACCAGAUCCAACUGUAGCUUUUUGACAAAGGAUAUUACCCACGAUUGGGACUUUACCGGCAGCGGCAACUUUGAUUUUAUUCACGUUCGACAACUCGGCGAUAUUCAAGAGAAAAGGACAUUAAUCCAAAGGUGCUUCGACAAUCUGAAGCCUGGAGGAUGGGUCGAAUUUACUGAAUGGAUCGCGAUUCUACAGUCACCGAACCAUUCAUUGCGUGGCACCGCAUUCCGCAAAUGGAAUGACCUGCUGGAGCAAGGAAUGCGCCAGUGCGGUACAACGCUGUACUACCCGGACAAGCUGAAGCCAUUGCUGCAGGAAACAGGCUUUGAGCAUAUCAUCGAGACCAGAAACGGCGCGACGACAAAUGCGUGCUACCCGGGGAAGAAGCUGCAGCGCAUAGGCCAUCUGAUGACGCAGAACUGGCUGCUUAUUCUUGAGCCUUUGACCAUGCCUGUUUUUACGCAGGCGUUGGGCUGGACUCCGGAUGAGGUCAAGACGUUUCUGGUUGAUGUGCGGAAGGAAAUUGGCAACACACAAUACCAUUCCUUCAUGACGCUAAUAACUAUUUGUGCCCAAAAGCCGUUGAAUAGUUCGGCUACGUCGUCAAUGUCGGCCUCAGUCUCGGAAUCUUCUUUCCCCACGGGAAAGUAG